CACAUGCUUUACUAGGAAGAUUAAACCACAUGAGAAUGACUUGAUCUAUUUCUUUAUUUCGCCCGAUGUGGCAAUAAUCUUCUUAAAUUGCGCUUUAUAUUUUCCUCAUAAUCUGGCUCGAGCUGCGGAAAGACGACAUAAUGCCGGCCAACGAAACUACCCCGAAUGGCCAUAGCCCGGAGCGCGAGACAACUACUAUCGAUAUAGAUGAAGACAAUACUAAUUCGCAAAAACGUAAAGCUUCGUCACCUCUUCGCAGCCAAGAUACGUCUAGCCUGUCGCCGAAAAGAACGAAACUAGAUGGCAAGUCGGAUGGAGAUAAUAAGGCGAAGGCUCCACCAACACCAAAAGAGCCAGGAACAGACCGUCGCCAGAGCGCAUUGCAGGAAGAGAGAAGACGCGGGAAACGGUUAUUCGGUGGUUUGCUAAGCACACUAAGUCAAACCACUUCUAGCUCGCAGCAAAAGAGACGUCAAGAGAUUGAGCGACGACAGCAGGCAAAAGUACACCAGCAAAGAGCCGAAGAUGAUAAGCAAAGAGAUGAAAAACUAGCCAAGUUGAGGACCGUUCGCAAGGUGGAACAAAUUAAGUUUGACGAGAAAGUUAUGCGCAACAGGCACACAAAUAUGCUAGCGAUGGCUAGGUUUCUAGAGACUAAGACCCCUCCAAAGAUAUACUACUUGCCAUGGGACCCCACACCCGAACAAGAGGACACUAUCAAAGAGCAAAUCCACGAAGCCAAAGAUACGAUCGAGAGGGAGGUUCUCGAAUUUCAGCAACGCAAGGAACAGCGAUUAAAAGCAUUAGGCGUCGCAGUCGAUUCUCCUGCGCUUGAACCUAAGGAUAAAGUGGGUAGUAAACUUGACGAUGAGCACCCUACUGACACUCCACAAUCCAUUCCUUCUCCUACUACUACUAAUAAUCGCCCCCCUUCCCACGCUGGUAAGGUUGGCCAUGAAAAAGAGCCAGAUAGGGCAGACGAUGUAAUGAUAGAGGAGGUCGAAGACACGGUUAUAUACUAAGUUUCCGGAUGUCUCCGCCUCCAGUUUUCUCUUUCUUGUCAUGUAUUCGGAAUAUUUAGGCGGUGGGCGGAAGGUAUAGGCGCUCUUGCGUGAUACGGAUCUACGGGCUGUGGGCUUUUAUUUUUUUAUUUUUUAUUGCUAUAAGUUUCGAUGUUUCGGAACUAACCAAGGUUAAAACUGAUAGUGAGUUUAUAUGGUGUAUUUGAUGACACUCUGCGCUUAAAUUUGAGACUUCCGGUGAGCCUGUCUAGAGAGUCGUGUGUACGUUUCAAGUUUUAACUUGUUCUGAGCCGGAGCCGGGUUCGGGCUCGGACUCGGGUUGCUAGUUCGUUGGUGAUUUCUCCAAUGCUCAUCCGGCUCACCCGUGGUUACCGAAUACGUG